UGCGCGCGGCGCGGCUCGGCGGGGGGCGGCUCCGCGAGCUCCGCGCGCUCUGCGCGCUGCGGGACGGGGCUCAGCCCGCGCUGCCUGCGGGACGGACGCGCUUUGCACGGGCGUUCUGCGGCAUCGUCUUUUUUCCGUGAAUUUUUGGGUUGCUGUUGGCUUCUUUUUCCGCCGUGAAUUUUUAAUUGCUUUAACUGUUUUUUUUCUUUUUUUCUUCUUUUUCUUUUUUUUUUUAUUUUUAUUUUUUUUAUUUUUUUUGAUUCUUCGGGUGCUUUCUCCGCACGGCGCCCCGCCGACGCCGCACGGAGCGCCGUCACCACGCGUCCCGCAGCCGGGGGCCGCCUCCCCCCUCCCCCUCCAGCCCGGGGCUGCCGGUGCGGCGGGGGCCGGCGGGGCACGAAGCGGAGCGGCUGCCCUGAGGGGGCGCGGCGUUGAGGGGAGAGCGAGGCGGAGCGGCGCCCCCUGAAACAAACCCCAAGCAAAAAAACAAAAAACCAAAAAAAAGAAAAAAAAAAAAAAAGAAAAAGAAAAAAGAGUUUAAGGACAAAAGCAGAGCCCCACGUUGCAGCGCGGCUCCGGCAACAAGUCCGCGCGGAGCGGGAGCGGGAGCGCGGCGCGGCCGGGGCCGGGCGCCGUUGUGGAAGCCGCCCCGGGGCCGGCCCGGAGCCCCCCGCAGCCCCGCGCCGCCGAGCCGAGCCCCGCGGCCGCAGCCAUGGUGCAGCAGACGGGCACGGCGGAGAAUACGGAGGCGCUGCCCGCCGCCGAGACCUCGGCCGCCGGGGUCGGGCUGGAGCUGGGCAUCGCCUCGUCGCCUACACCCGGCUCAACCGCUUCGACGGGCGGCAAGGCGGACGACCCGAGCUGGUGCAAGACGCCCAGCGGGCACAUCAAGCGACCGAUGAAUGCCUUCAUGGUGUGGUCGCAGAUCGAACGGCGGAAGAUCAUGGAGCAGUCGCCCGACAUGCACAACGCCGAGAUCUCCAAGCGGCUGGGCAAGCGCUGGAAGCUGCUCAAGGACAGCGACAAGAUCCCCUUCAUCCGGGAGGCGGAGCGGCUGCGCCUCAAGCACAUGGCGGACUACCCCGACUACAAGUACCGGCCCAGGAAGAAGGUGAAGUCGGGCAACAGCUCCGCCAAGCCCGCAGACAAGGCGGACCGGGCCGCCGGCGGGGGCGGGGGCGGCGCCGGGCCCGGCGGGGGCAGCGCGGGCGGCGGCUCCGGCGGCGGCACGGCCAAACCCGCCCCGAAGAAGGGAGGCGGCGGCGGCGGUCCGCGGCCCUCCCCCGCCGGCACCAAGCCCCACGGCAAGGCGGCGGCGGGCGGCAAGGCCUCACCGCCGGGCACCGGCGAACCGACGGCCGCGCCCACUCCGCCGCCGCCGCCGCCCGAGCACCAGGCGCUGUACAAGCCGAGGGGCGCACCGGCGGCGCCCGGCAAAGCGGCGGCCGAGAGGAAGCUGAAGCGCGUCUACAUCUUCGGCGGCGGAGGGCCGGCGGCGGCCGCCUCGGGCUCCCCCGGCGGCGCCGUGCCCGGCAGCCCCACGCUCAGUAGCGCGGCCGAGGCCGGCGACCCGCUGAGCCUCUACGAGGAGGCGGGCGGCGCGGCGCGGCCCGACGGGGACUGCCCCUCGCCGCCCGGCGCCCGCUCGCCCGCCGAGCACCGCGGCUACGCCGGCCCGAGAGCCGCCUCGCCCGCCCCCUCCACGGCGCGGUCCUCCUCCGCGUCCUCCCACUCGUCCUCCGCCUCCUCGGCCGGCUCCUCGUCGUCGGACGACGAGUUCGAGGACGACCUCUUGGACCUGAACCCCAGCCCCGGCUUCGAGAGCAUGUCCCUGGGCGGCUUCGGAUCUUCCGCGCUCGACCGGGACCUGGAUUUUAACUUGGAGCCCGGCUCGGGCUCGCACUUUGAGUUCCCGGACUACUGCACGCCGGAGGUAAGUGAGAUGAUCUCGGGGGAUUGGCUGGAGUCCAGCAUCUCCAACCUGGUGUUCACCUACUGAGGCGGGGCGGCCCGAAGCCGGCGGCGGCCGAGAGGACCGCGGGAACGCCGCCAACCGCUGUGCCGCCGCCCGAGGACGGACUGAGAGGGACCGCGGUGCGGCGCGGAAGGAGGGAGCGGAGCUCCCGCGGGGGUCGUCCUCGCCCUCGCUGCGAAAGAGCGACCUGAACUCUGCUUGAAAGGAAACGAGGAUCGGCUGAGCCCUCACCGCACUGCUCGCGUCGGGGGCUGAGGUGCCGUCGCGGCGCCCGAAAACACGAGGAAAAAAAAAAAAAAAAAGCAGUAGUGGUUUCUUUUUUUUUUUUCUCGGAAUCGUGAUGGUGUUGGAUUCUCUCGAUGGUGGGUUAAUAGAGCAUGUUACCUGUCUGUCUUUAAGGUUUUUUUUGUCGGACCGUGGAACAGUUUCAGAACGUAGCGUUAGGGAGAUGCGAAGCGGACAGAUGGCGCUCUGUUUGAUUCCUACAAAGUAUCACCAGCUCUUUUUUUUUUUUUUUUUUUAUUUCACUCUUAACUCUUUAAAGGAUUCAAACGCAACUCAAUGCCGUGCCGGACUCUCAGAAAUUCAGGACCAAAUUUCCCCUCAGCUGUGUCCGUGUGUGUCCGUAGGGCCGCGGGUGGAAGGACUGUGCCCACCGACGGCCGUCCCUGUCCCGUCCCGUCCGUGCGAGCGGAUGCCGUUUCCGAGUUGGACCUAUUUAUACUGCCAAACGUUUCUGCCCGUCAUUCUUUGUCUUUUUUUUUUUUUUUUUUUUUUUUUUUUUUUUUGGUAGUUCUCGUUAUUACCCGCACCGUUUUUAUGUCUCCUUCACGGAAGGGCUAGAGUUUUAACUUUUAAUUUUUUUUAUAUUUAAAUGUAGACUUUUGACACUUUUAAAAACGACAAAAAAAGAAAAAAAAAAAAAAAAAAAAAACAACACACACACACACACAUAAAGAAAAAAAAAAAAAAAAGAAGAGAGAUGAAAAACGUUCGAUUAUUUUCUCAGUGUAUUUUUGUAAAAAAUAUAUAAAGGGGGUGUAAAUCGGUGUUAAUCGCUGUUUGGAUUUCCUGACACGGGCAGCAGGGCCCCGGACACGCGGUGCGCGCACAUCGCCGCCCGCCCGCCCCUCCGCCCGCGUCGCGCUCCGAUCUGCAGGCACUUAAAGGCACAGCAUCCCGCACCGCGCCCCGCUCGUAGCGGAUGGGGCCGGAGGGGACUGGGAGGAGGGCUCCGGUAAGCCGUUUGGGUGAGAACGUCUCCAGAACGAAAGGCGGAACCGGAGCAUCCGCGCGGAAAGGGAUCCUGUACCUUUAACUCGUAAACCACAUCUUUUGCACUUUUUUUCGAAGCAAAGCCGUGCCGUUUUAAACCACUGGAUCUAUCGAAAUGCCGGUUUGAGUUCGCGACACUAUGUACUGCGUUUUUCAUUCUCGUAUUUGACUAUUUAAUCCUUUCUACUUGUCGCUAAAUAUAAUUGUUUUAGUCUCCUAUGGCAUGAUGAUAGCAUAUGUAUUCAGGUUAUAGCUGUUGUGUUUAAGAUGAAGAAAGUGAAAACAUCUUUGUACAUUUAAGUCUGUAUUAUAAUAAGCAAAAAAGAAGAUUGUGUGUUUAUGUAUGUUAAUAUAACAUGACAGGCACGGGGACGUCUGCCGAACGAGGUGGUUCUGUUAAGGGUUUCGCUUUUAUUGUUAUUAUUUUUUUUUUUUGAUCAUCCAUCCUGUGCAAUAUGCUGUGUAGAAUUUUUAUUUUUAUUUUUUUAUUUUUUUUUUUGUCUAA